AUGGAAUCGUUGUUCGAUAUCCCCAGUCGUGCUGUAAUGUCGCCAUCCGCCAGCAUAGAGUCGGGUCCCGAUUGGUCCUCCAGAUCCUCCACACCUAUCCGCAAACAUCGAUUCGACGAAAGAAGCCAGACGCUCAUCAGUCUGCAAUUGAAGGCACAUUCCGUGGAAUACGAGGACAUUAUUUCCAAUGUGACGUUGCCAGCGGCCACCACUGGCGAUCUGGCCAGCGAGAUCCUCAAAUGGUCCGAAACAUCCACCAUAAAUCGCAUCAUCAACUCGCUGGAGUUCACCAGCCUCCACGGACUCCCUGUCUACAUGGAAACAUCGUCGCUCUACCUCGCAGUUGGUACCUCUUCGGGACAGGUGGUAGGGUUCUCGUACGACCAAAAGAUCCAGUUUGUACUCGAGGGCAACGAUGUGUCUGUGAGCAGCAUCAGUUUCACAGCCGACUCCACGUUUUUGGCUGCUGGCUCCGCCAACGGAGAAAUCAGGUUGUGGGAUCUUGGUUCCGUCAUCUCUCCAACGGUGGCAGUUCCACCCUACUACACCAUCGUCCCUAUCACCCUACAGGAAAGAUUCACCCAGAACGCACAGGGCCAUCUUAGUGGAUCCCCCAUCACCAAGCUUACAUUCAUAGGAAACCUGACUUCCAAGAUCGUUUCUGUGGAUAUUUCGGGCUUGGUGUUCUACCAUUCAGGAAUCAAGAAAUUGAUGAAGAAGGUGAUAAUCACCAGAAAGUUGUUGGGCAAAAACGAUGCCAACGUGGAUGAUCCCAAAUUCAUAGUGCACGGGUGUGAGAUAUUGCCAAUUGGCUCCUCAAAUCAGAUCACCGACGACUUGGGAGUCUUAGCUAUAACUACAGAAAACCUCUUGUUGAUCGUCUCCCUUUUGUCCUUGAACAACUCCAAAAAUAUCAACUUGAUUACCCACUUCAAAUUGGGCAAGUCCAAGCAUGUAACCGACCUGGACAACCCGUUGAUCAAUUUGAACUGGUACCCCUGUAUGGCUAAAAGUGGGGGAGGUGUGGAAAAUGCCAAGCUAGCAUAUUCCUGGAACAAUCUCUUGACUGUUGUGGAACUAAAAAAUGAUAUGUUGCCAUCAAACUUGACAGCAAUUAUAGACGAUCUCAAAGAUAAAGAUAAGGGAAUUCCUAAAAUUCCAAUAGAAACCACUUGCCGAUGGGUUACAUCUAGCAAAAAAGAAAAAAUAGUCAUGACGAAAUGGAUAACAUCAACUCUCAUUUUUGUGUUCAUCAAAAAGGACGAAGAUUCAACGAUAAAGUUGAAAGUUCUCUACUAUUCAAAAGAAAAGUCAUACGACAAUUCCAUUAAAUGUAUAAAGCAGAGGUUAGUAGUGAUGUUAGGUGAAACCCCCAGUCAGAUUUAUAUUGGAAAGCUAUUAAAUUGGGCGGAUAUCUUGGUUGGAUUUCUUUCUCAAGGAGAUUACUCAAAAGCAUUGUUGACUGUUCAUGAGUUUUAUGAUUCAAAGAGCGUGGGUAGACUAGUUUUAAUUGGAUUGCCAGAAGAUCCGCAGGUUAGAUCAAAACUUGUAACACCUUAUCUAUUCCAAAUUAUGAAUGAGUCUGUUAUUCCAAUUUUCACCAAAGAAAAUACACCUAGUUCCUACCUUAAAUUAUAUUUGCAUUUAAUUUCCUUAUUGUUCCAAAAGAAAAGUCAAGAGGAUAUCCUUGGAAAUAUUCUCAAUGAGAUUUUCGAGAAUUAUUCAGAUCAGUCCGAAUUCUUUUCAAUCAUUGAACCCUACAUUUUAACAAACCAGAUCUCAACCUUAUCUCCAACUAUCUUAAACCAUUUGGUUAAGCAUUAUAUCGAGAUCGAUAAAGGGCUCCUAUUGACUGAAAUACUAUGCAUUUUGGAUACCAGAAUGUUGAAUAUUGAUAUGACAAUCGGACUUUGUACCAAGUACAAUCUUCGUGAAUGUUCUAUUUACAUCUGGAACUAUAUUUUACACGAUUAUCAAACUCCAUUGGUUGAAUUCAUAAAAGAUUUUCAAGAACCGGCUUUCUUGAACCAAGAGAAUGAAUACUUAAAGGCCUAUUCAUACAUGUCCUUGAUUUUAACAGGGAGACAAUAUCCUAUAGAUAGAUUCAUCGCUGGAGAGGAUGAAUCAAAUGCAAAGAAUGGUAUAUGUCAAAUAUUAUUUAACACCUCAUACGUGAAUUGGCCAAAGGGAAGUGCUUCAUUACUUGAGGUAGGCAAUGAUCUGACUAUAUUUCCUUAUUUGUAUUUAUUCCUAAAGACAGACUCUUUUGAGAUGUUAUCAACCCUAAACGAAUUUUUCGAGGAUCCUAGUCUUAAUGAAGGUAUAGAUAUAUUUGGGAGUGGUAGACUCAUUACCAGGCAGUACAUCAUUGAAGCAUUACUAGACAUAUACGAUGUUGAUGAAUUCACAACGUUAGAUCAUUGUCAAUUAUCGAUUUUUAUUGGGAGAAAUUACUCAAAAUACUCACAAUUUAUUCGUCUUUCAGAAUCAGUGCUCAAUCAGGUGGUCAAUUCAUUGUGCGAUAAUUCUACCGAAACAAACAAGAUUGACUGUGAACUUGCAUUACAGAGUUUGCUUCCAUAUUAUGAACCAUAUAAUGAUGAGUUUUUGUUGGAAAAACUCCGCUUUGCUCAAUACUAUAAUGUAUUGAUCGAUAUAUAUAGUUCACAAGGUAAAUUUGGACAGGUUUUGGAAGUAUGGUUGAAAAAAAGUGAUGAGGAUAGUAUUGAUUCUUUGGCAAACAUUUUGGAAAAAUCCUUUCAAAUGACUAAGAACCCUCUGGAUAGAUUGACCUUGGUAAAGGUCAUUAAAAAGAAUUAUGAACAAUUGGCUAGAUAUGGCUUGGAGAAUUUGAUUAAUUUAAUGAAUCAAUACAAUCCAAAAUUGAAUCUUGAGGUGUUACACUUCACGGAUAAGCAGCUAGCCUUAAAAUAUUUGAGGUACUUUUUUCAAAAGCUGGAGGCCCAAGAAAUCAAGAGAGAAGUGAUAGCAAAUUAUAUCAGUCUAUUAAGUGAAUUUGAAGCGGACAAAGUAUUUGACGAGGUCGAAAAAUGGUUAAGCCGAAACGAUAUCGGUGAGAUUGAAGCGGAAAUUGUGCCUAUUCUCCAGAAACAUGAACAAAUUGAAUCUUUGGCGCUAAUAAAAAUUGCGAGAGAGCAAUAUGAGCAAGGUCUUAGAUUAAUUCUUGAUUUCAUGAUUGUAAAUGUGGCAAAGCUCGAUGACGAUAAAAAAUUGAUUCAAAAGUAUGACAAGUUAUUGAAAAGGGCAAUGAUCAUUUGCGAAGAUCCAGGAACAUUUCAGGAUUAUGACAAGGAGCUCAAUUUAAAUGAGAAAUUGUGGCUAGAUAUUAUCAGCAGCUUGAUAUCAAUGGCGAGCGCUAGUACAGGGGGAAUACACCAAUUCUUGAAUCAAUGUAUUCAUACUUGUUUCAGAACUAUUAGUGAUACCAAGCUUAAACCAGGAGAUAAACACGAGGACUCAUUUCUUCGUAUUUUCCAUCGUAUUCUAAACCUAGAGGAAGAAUCAGGAGAGAACUCGGAAGCCACCACCAUAGCAACUUUGGCAAAUAUUCGGGAUAUACUUCAGGAGGUGUUUGUGUCGUACUCGUAUGAAGGAGAAAUGUUAGAUAUUUCUCUUCGAAUGCUCAACAAGGACAUUUCAAAGAGCAUGAGUAUUAUUCAGGCAGAACACGUCAAAGGUUGGGUCCCUGCCAAAGAUUGUUCCGCUUGUGGCAAGCCGUUGUGGGGGCCACUUAUAUCCGCGGUCCAUCACGAAGCCUGGCUGCGUCGUCAAGAGCACGAACUCCACUUAGCAGGCUCAACUCGAGCUAGACCCAUGCCCGAGAUGGAAGGAAAAAUUGUAUUGUUCAGGUGUGGCCAUGGCUAUCAUUGGGAAUGCAUGGGCUGGAAGGAUAUGGAAUGUGUAAUCUGCUCUGGCGUACACUGA